AUGGAUAUGAUCAACAGUCUAGCAGAUGAUACAAUUUGCCAAAUUCUAUCUUCCCUUCCGAUAAAAGAGGCUGCUUUAACACGUGUCCUCUCAAAGCGAUGGCGUUAUCUGUUUGCCUUGAGACCGAAUCUUCGUUUAGAUGAUAAUGAUGAUGAUGACGGAGUGUGUGGAGGAGGAGAAAGUUUCAUCGAUUUUGUGAAUAGUGUAUUGGCUGUGUCAGGCAAAUUUCCAAUGAGCAACAUAUCGAUAAAAUCUGGAAAGAGAAUUGCUAUGGACGAUACGGGUCAUGUCACUCGCUGGAUGACUUACGCGCUGGAACAUGCUGUCCGAAACCUUAAUAUAGACGUAAUCGCUGAGGAUUCGAUUAUGGUGCCUCUCGAGAUGUUCACUUGCAAGACAAUUGUUGAGCUGAGACUAUCAAAAGGAUUCGAAGCUUUGAUCCCUGACGAUGUUUAUCUUCCAUCACUCAAGACUCUCUACCUUGAUACUGUUUAUUUCUACAAUAAGCGUUACUGCGUUUUGGAGAAGCUCCUCUCUGCUUGCCCCGUGCUUGAGGAGCUAACCAUUCAUAGCCCGACCUGGCAGGUUCAGAAACGUUGUCGAACCGUGUCGUCUUCGAGUCUUAAGAGACUUACUAUCAAGGUUGUUCUUUUUGUUGAUUUUUGGGACUUGACAUUCGACACUCCAAAUCUUGCCUACUUGGAGUACUCGGAUUUAGCUGCAAGAAAGUAUCCGGUUGUGAAUCUCAACUCCCUUGUCGAAGCUAACCUUGAACUCCGUGUUUAUCGCAAUAUGAGCAAUCCAACGAAUCUGAUGAUUGGGUUGAGAUAUGUUGAGGUCUUGGAGUUAUUAUCUGUUGAUACUUGGAAGAUGUUCUGUUAUUUCCGUGAGGAAAUCCCUGUCUUCAGCAACAUGUUUCGUUUAACUAUAACAGUUGAUUUCCCCGACCACGACUGGGAAUUCCUGCCAAUGCUUUUGGCAAAAUGUCCGAGCCUACACACUCUCGUCAUCAAGGGUCCAUUGCACGCUGAUACACGUGACCGAGAAUAUGGACUGUCAUGUCCCGUGAAAGUAUUGGAGAUAUAUGAGUAUGAAGGAAGCAAAGUUGGAGAGCUGGAGCAGCUGAAGGUUUUCAUUGAGAAACUGCCAUGUCUUGAACUUGUCAAGGUUCUUGCGUAUGCAACAGACGACAAGGAGAAGUCUCGGAUCACCAAAGAUCUGCUCAUGGUUCCUAGGUCCUCCGAGUGCAAUAUCCAGAUCACGUUUUGCGAGGAUGCCUUACCCAGAUUAAGUCGUGACAGAAAACUAUAA